AUGGCGGCGAGACCUCGUCGGUAUCACUUUGACUUUUCUCUACUCUCAGAAGAAGCAUCAUAUCCUAAGGCUGAAAUCAAUCCUGCCUACCAUCCUAUGCAUCAUCACCAUCAUCGCCAUCACCAUCUGCAUCCCCAACACCUACAUUCCUCACGUCGUCCCGCGGGCAAAACUUUGCAGUCACAACUACUUGGUCAUCCUUGUUCUGCUCAGUCUAGACCACUUCACCCGCGGCUAUGUGGCUCACGUAGCCAUUCCUACCAUCAACAGCGGCAUUUAGAAGAUACUAGCCUUGAAUCUGUCUGCCCAGAAUCAGUACAUCGUACUCAGCCUGGAAUAGUUGAUUCUGGCGGUCCGACCGUCGCAGCAACGCGUAUAAGUUGUCCGGUUCUAUCAACGGCCACUCUUCCACUUUUCCCUUCGCUGUCCCAUUCACAUUCGUCUGCCUCACAAUCCUCUUCUUCUUGGUCAUCUGUCCCGCCUUCAGGAUCACCCUUGCAGAGCAGUAUGUCCAGACGAUGGCCAACUACACAAUCGUCCCGUUCCGACAGAAAUAUUCCAAUCUCGACACCACAAGUCAGCGAUCUUGGAGUCCUUAGCUCAGGUGAGCAGGAGAUCAGCGACGUUCGAGAAGUUAUCACUGUUGAGGCAGAGACGAUAGAAGUAACCCCUGUAAUACAAGAGGCAGAAGGGGAAGUUGAACAACUACAAGAGAUCGCUGACUCACCAGGCCACUUGGUUUCAUCAUGUACCCUGUCUUCCGAAGUCCCGAUACGAAUGCUUCACUCUCAAACGCCAUUCUCUCUUCCAGGCUCUGAAACUUCGGGCAUUUGUGAGCAGAGCUGCGAUUUUAAUAUCAUAAUUUCUGAUCCUCAGGCAAUACCCGAGUCUAUUGAUAGAGACCGGCGUUUCUCAGCUGAUAUUCAUGCCGGUUUCUCGUCAUCUACUGAAGAAGAAGCGGCUUUUGAGACCGAUGAUCGAUCAACAUUCCGACGAGUGCGUACACAUUUUAUCAUGUUUGAAAUUUUUAUAUUUUUCUUUUAUCUCUGCUUCAAAAGAUGA